AGUCUUUUCUAAAGCAUCUAACUAAACCAGAUUGUUGAGUAAGUACAGAAGCUACUGAGGUGAACUUUUCAAAAAUAUCAACUGGAAAACAGCUUUGCACAAAACUUACUGGAACAAAGCAAUGCCUAAUAGGGCAGAACAGCUUUGGCAGAAAGGUGUGAGAGCUCUCCUUCAUGGCAGAGCAGCCCAGAGACCACAUUGCAGAACUGUGGCAACAUGGACCUGAAGCUCCUGAAAGAGAAGAUGGUGUGACCUUUCUAUGAUACCACAAUCACAGUGCAGUUACAGUAACAGCACAACUCCUGGAAUGGAGGUCAGGACAAAGAGACAAACCAUGGAUUCAGUAGUUGUGCCUGAAAAUGGCUACCUUGAUUUACUGCACAGUGAUAUUGAUCCAUUGCAUCUGUGUACUUUCUUUGAUCCUAAGUCAUCUGGAGAUGAAGAAGGUGACUUCUCUACAGAUCUUGAAGUUGAGGCCAGCAACUAUGAACAGUUAAAUAAUGUAGAUUUCCCAUAUGAAAAUGGAGAUGGGUUCUACCCCUGUUGCAACACCACGGAUGCUUAUGCUAAAAUAGCUGAAUUAGUAGAAUAUGUGCUCAAGGAUCAGCAGGAGAAGCAGGUUGAAGACAUUUUUGCAGGGAACCUUAUUUUGGAUGACAUUGCUGCUGAAAACACUGAGAAAUUUCCUGACAUAAAGAUCCAGUCGUGUCUUAAACGAACUUUCUUAGGCUCUGCAGCAGAGAGUUACUGUGAUGCUUCAGAACCCAAAUAUAAGAAAAUUGUGGAAGUCCCUGCAGCUUCUGCAGGGAAUGGCAGUUUCUUUGCUAUGCCUCUCAACAGCCACCCAGUGAGCUGCACCUCUCUAACUAACCAGCACAUGUCCUGUUCUGUUCCUGCUGCCCAUGGGCUGGAAAGAAGCCUCAUAAUUCCUGGAUUGUCAGAACCUUUGACCACAGAGUGCCAGCCAGUCUGUGUGAAAGGGUACCAAGAGAAUCUAGGCUUGGCAGGUCCUCCUCAGCAGAUAUUUAACUUUGUUCUUGAAAAUGGCACAUCUGAUGUUAUAGUAUAUCCAGUGCUGACAUCUCCCAUGGAAACAUUCAUGUCUCCAAGUUUUCCAGUUAAUUUAUGUGCCCAACAUACGUAUGUCACAAGCCCCGGAAUUCCAGAUGUAGCAGCAGACAAAUUAGCACAUUUAGAGAAAUUUCAAGAAGUUCAAGAUUCUAUAAUUCCUUCUGAAGAACCUUUCAAAAGACCAGAGCAAGUGGAAACUUUCUGUUCAUCCCUUAAGGAUUAUUUCCGAGACACCUGCAAAUCUGUGAGCAUGGAGCGGGAAGUAAAUCUGGAUCACCUGUUCAUUGAUGGGACACUUGUUCAAAGUCAAACUGAAACCAAGACUGGAAAGAAUAGUGCAAAAGCAAUGGAAAAGGAGCUGGUAACCUGCAGCCUGCAAGAGACAGCCAUUGAUAGAAGCCAAAUAUUUCAAAUCCCACAGCGUAAAGACUUAGAGACUAAAGUGAUAGUGGUGCUGGGAAAAGCAGGAAUGGGCAAAAGCAUUCUCAUUCAGAAGAUCUGCCAGGACUGGUCCAAUGGAGAGUUUUCUCAGUUUGAAUUUGUAUUUUGGUUUGACUGCAAACAAAUAAGUUUGCCUGAGAAGCAAUACAGCCUGAAGGAGCUGCUGCUUGAGUUUUUUGUAAAACCGCAAGAGGGAAGCAAAGAGAUCUUUGAGUAUAUGUUGCAAAAUCCUGAUAAAGUCCUUCUGAUUUUUGAUGGUUUUAAAGGAUUGCACGAUCAUGAGAAUUUUCCUCGUUGCUCAGCCAGCCAGCCUGAAAAGGAUUUGUUCAGUAUAAAGGAGCUGCUCUCAGGACUCAUCCAAAAAAAGAUACUCAAUGGCUGUACUUUAUUAUUUACAGCAAGACCAAAAGACAAACUGUACCAGUACGUGUCCAAAGUGGAUAAGACUAUUGAAAUUGUAGGAUUUUCCCCUCAGCAGAGAGAAUUGUACAUAACCAAAUACUUUGAAGAAUCACUCUAUUGUGAUAGUGCACUGAAAUUAAUCAAAGAGUGUGAGUACUUGUUCAGUCAUUGUUACAGUCCUGUUAUGUGUAGAUUUGUUUGUUUUCUCUGUGAGACGGUGCUUGAAAUGGGAGAGAAAAGUCUUCCUUCAACUCUUACUGAAGUCUUCCUGAAAUUUUUUCAGCAGAAGAUCAUGUUUAUGCAAACAGAUGUUACAACCACACAAAAUCAAGAGAGUCUUGCUACCCUAGCUCGUGUAGCCUGGUGUCUUGGAGAAAAGCACCAAAGUGCCAUGAAAAGUGAUCUUAUUCCUUCUAAGGAAGUUAAAGAGUUUGCUCUGAAGUAUGGGUUUUUCCUGCCAUUUGCAUUCCCCAGAUAUUCAGAUAGUGAAGAAGAGGAAUUUGGGAGCACAUUCUCUGAUUUUGUCAUUCAGAAUUUCUUGUGUGCACUUCACCUUUUGUUAGCAGAAGAGCUCAAGGAUAAAAAUCUAACAAAGUACUUGUCUUUUCUAUCCAAGAAGAAAAAACCUUAUAACUGGUUAGAUUUAAUGCCUCGAUUUUUGGCUGGUUUGGUGUUUCUCCAGGAUGACCCCUACUUCUGCUCUCUUUCAAAUGAGGAUGAAAAGCAGUCAACCAAGAAGCAGAAGACAUUCUUGAAAUACAUUAGAAGGCUGCAGAUUAAUACUCUCUGCCCAGAGAGGUUGCUGGAGCUUUUAUGUUGUGUUUAUGAAACACAGAAUAAUUAUCUUCUGCAACAUGUGGCCUUGAGACUCGAGCCAGAGUUGUCUUUUCUGGGCAUAGUUCUUACACCACCUGAUGUCCAUGUACUGCACUCUAUUUUGAAAAGGUCAAGAAAAGAGUUUUCCUUGGAUGUGCGGAACAGCAGCAUUGACAUGCAAGGGCUGCAAGCCUUGGUCAGCCUAAGGAAUGUGACAUCGUUCAGGGCUUCCCUCAGUGACACAGUCAGGCUCUGGAAGUCUUUAGAACAGACAAAAGACUACGAACUGCUGAAAGCAUCCACAGAGAAAUUUGUUCUUGAUCCCUUUAAGGCAAAGACAGUGAAGGACAUCAGUGACCUCUCCGACCUUGUAGAGAUGCAGGAGAAGAUGAUGAAUUGUGUGCAAGAAGCAUCUGGUUGCAUCAGCUAUGAAAUUCCUGCCAUCAGAAACCUCAGAAAACUCGAAUUUGCGCUGGGUCCAGCAUGUGGCCUUGAAGGAUUGCUAAAACUCGUGAAAAUUCUUGCAGCAUUUCCAUCACUUCAGCAUUUAGACCUUGAUGCUCUGAGUGAAAAUGGCAUAGGAGAUGAAGGAGCAAAGAGUCUAUCUGAAGUCUUUCCAACCCUGACAUCACUGGAAACAUUAAAUUUAUCACAGAAUAAAAUAACAGACCUGGGUGCAGAGAACCUUGCUACAGCUCUCCCUUCCUUGUCUUCCUUAAAAACACUAAGCUUGUACAAUAACAACAUUUGUGAUUUUGGAGCAGAAAAUCUGGCAAAGGUUCUUCCUGCAAUGACAUCUUUAAGAGUGCUAGAUGUUCAGUAUAACAAAAUAACUGGUGUUGGAGCCCAGCAGCUGACUGACAGCCUACGAAAAUGUCCCCAUAUGAAGAGCUUGGUGAUGUGGAAUCCCACCAUUCCCUAUGGAGUUCUUGAACACCUUCACCAGCUGGACUCCAGGAUCAGUGUGUAGAUUCAGAAGAUUCCAUAAAGGUGUCAUAAAGAAAAGGGGAGGGUGUCCUCUGUGCUUUCCUGUCUUCUUGCUGCUUUAUCAAUCAGGGUUCUCAUGUUUGUUGCAAAAAAUCACAUUUCAGUUUCUAAGCGAUGAUUAAAUUGAGUGAAUUACAGAGUUUUAAAAUGCUAUUCAAAGACCCAACUGUAUUUCUACUUAAGUAGUAAAAGUUAAACAUCAAAGAUGAAAAGAGCAUCUGGAUACUGUGACCACCAUUAAAGGAGACCAGGAACCACAAGGAUAUUGUGAAUAUAAAAAUCCACCAUCAAGUCAUCGAAGAGCAAACUGAAAGUUGCUCAACCUGCAACAUCUGAAGCACUGACAGAUCAAAUCUGAUUGUUUUCUCCAUGGUGCCAGUGGUAACUGCCAUCAAAUUUGGUCUAACGAUUUUGGACUUUCAAAGCUCAGUGUUACAGAUUUCGCCUGUCUGUAUGGACUCAUUGGAAGCACUAGGAUGAGGAGCAUAAAAAAGAGUCAUCAGCCCUAGAAAAUGUUCUGAUAAGAUUAUCCACAAGAAUCUAGAAGGUGCUCUUUUCUUCAUAAUAAUCAGUGAAUCUAGAAGUUGCUCUUUUCUUCACUAAUAAUCAGUGCUGCCUUAAGUGAUAGAAACAUAUCUUCUAUGACUUGUUAGAGAAUCCUUCAAAAAGGUUGGGGAAAAAAAGAAGUAAUGAGAAGUAAGGAAUUGAAUGUGAAAAACUGUGAAGGAUUCUUCUAACAUUACUGCAGAAAUCCAAGUAGAGAAAAAUAGCCAGUUUAUUGCACACACAUCCUCAAACAAUCUUUGAAGGUUUUUACUUUGUCUCAAAUGAGAACUCUAAAUUCAUAUACCUGGAUUGGUAUUUAAUUUCUUCAAUGCAGCUGGCAGCAUAAAUGUUUACAAGCACCAGUUUUAUAUUUGACAGUGAUAUCACUACUGUGUGUGGUUUAUGUGGCCUUCUGGUUCAGAGUUAUGAGUAACCAGGCAAUCAGACAAAAGCACAUUUCAAAGCACAUGUCUAUGCUGCUGGUCUCAGUCAUGUGUGGGCCAAAUAUUCAUCCUGCUGACUGCAACAGCAAACCACUUGUCUCUUUUAUUCUUUUAUUUCUGCUCUGUGAACAUGAAGAGAACUUAAAAUUGUGCAGAGGCAAUUGUCAAGUCAAGAGCACCAUUCUGGAUUCCUGUCCAGAUACAGUCUGAGACAGAACAACAGAAAGGGAUGGGAAAAGCUAGGAAUGCUCAAAAUGCUACAAAUUGGGAAGUCUUUAUUUCACAGUUAGCUCAGGGUUAGUUCAACAACCUCUUUGAAAUCUCUUCUGCUUGGAAGCACUGACAGUACUGACCCAGGGAUCUGUGCAAACUAGAAUCUCUCAACUAACCUCUCAAAUACUCUGUUUCUUGAUCUUUAAAAAUUCCCUGAUUUAAACAGUUCAAAAUCACAACCUUCAUAUCUUUCCAGCAAGUUCUACUCCUCUGCUUAAGUUUCAGUGCCUGCAGAAUCUUGACAGCAGGGAUGUGGACAAAUUAAAGAGAGUGGACAAAUUAAAGAAAGAAGGGAGAGAGGAAAGUUUGUUUGUUGUCUCUGAGAGCAGGGAAUCCGACAUAACAUGUAAAGGAACAGAGGGCAAGGAGGAAAAUCUCUGUGGAGAAUAUGAUUGUAAUUAGAAUAUGGUCUUUUUCUUAACUAUCUGCAUGGUUCUUCUCGGUAGCCAAACUCUAGCCAGAGCCAUGGAUAAAAAUCUUAUUUAUGCUCUCCUCUUGGAGCUGCUUGAAUAGGAGGUAGUUUGAGGCAAAUCUGGUGUGAUAUUCCCAUUAGCCUGCAGCACUCCAGCCAUGCACAUCUGUGGUGAGCCCUUGUCUUGACCUCUCCUAACUAAGCUUUGGAUGACAAAUGCCCCUUUAGGGAUAUAUUCGGCAGCUGCACUUUACCAUGACUGAGUCUGAAAAUGUGCUAAAUAUUCCACAGGCAGCUGAAUGUUACAGGAUGCUGUCUGGACUACUAAAAUCAUGUUGGGUGUACUGCUGUUCUCUGAGUUAGUGGGAAUGUAUAUUUAUAAUGUACAGAUUGUAAAUUUUGA